AUGGCGAAACUUGAUUCUCUCUUCUUGAUCGUAGCCGCCCUGGCUCUGGGCUGCCUAGCCGCCGCACAAGAUUUCUGUGUGAGGGAUCGCAGUGGCCCGCCAUGCAAGGAUCCAAGCCUUGUUCAGGAAGAGGACUUUCUAUUUUCCGGGUUGCAUUUACCCGGCGACGCAUCAUCGAACCGCCUGAAGUUUAAUGUGACCGCCGUCACCGUGGCUCAGAUACCAGGGCUCAACACUCUGGGGCUCUCAAUGGCCCGCAUUGAUUUCGGACCACAGGGCGGCGUUCCUCCCCACGUUCACCCCACCGCCACGGAGAUGUUCACUGUAAUCCAAGGGGUUUUCGUGGUUGGGUUUGUGACGUCCGACCCUGAGCAUCGUCUCUUCGUCAGGAGCCUCCGGAAGGGCGACGUGUUUGUGUUCCCGGCGGGAGUGGUUCAUUUCGUGCGCAACGUGAAAUACGAACGCGGCGUCGGGAUUUCUGCGUUCAACAGUGAGAACCCCAGAACAACGACGAUCGCCGAUGCGGUUUUCGGAUCGUAUAUGCCGAUUGGGGAUGGGAUUCUUGGCCCGGCUUUCCAGAUUGGUUCCGAUUUGGUUUUUGAAAUCCAAGCAAAGUUCAACAAUCACUCCAACUUUUAA